CACACAUGCACACAUUCCAUGCAUAGCCCCUGCAUGACACUGCCUCUCAUGUCUGCCUGGAUGUGUAUAUAAACAGCAAAGAUCAUCCUUGUUACAGUAGGUGUCAGUGCACACAGACAAGAAGGCAAGAUGAUGAAAAACAAAAAGGGAAGACAAAAUCAUGACCAAUGUGCUGUGAGCGAGGAUAGUGGAAGAGGGUUUUGUUGGUGGUGGAGCAGUAGGAGAUGAAGAGGAGGAGGAGGAGGAGGAGAGGGGGGUGGAUAAACACAGUGAUGGAGAGUGAGUGAGAGGGAGUGAGGGGGGGAGGAGCAGAGAGAUGAUUCCUCUCUCUAAUCCUCUAGACACACGCUCGGUCUGGCUGCCUACUGGCUCAGAGAGAGAGACACAGGCAGGUGGAGGGUGCAAGCAGGCAGAGAGAGAGAACCAAGUGGGAAGGAAAAAACAAGAUGAAGGGAAGAGAAGAAAGGAGAGCUGCCUCUCGUAAACCACGCUAAGAGAAACGCAGAGGGAGAGAGAGAGGCAGUGAGGACAAGGCGGGCUGGAGAAACCAGUGACUCUCGUGCGGUUUUCGAGCAGAGGGAAGGAGAGGGAGGAGGAGGAGGAGGAUGCUUCAGUCCAGCGCUGCUUGAGCCAAACCAGGAGAGAAGGAGAGAAGCAACAGAGAGGAGGAGAAGAAAUCCAUCAAGUGAAAUAGCUGGAAGAGAGGCCAGAGAAAGAGGAGACAGAAGGAGGGGAAGGAAAAACAAGAGGAUGGAGGAGUGGAGAAUGAGAUCCCUGGGUUACGAGACACAGAUCCCUGGUUAUUCAGGCUCACAUGAGUGUAUGGACCUGAGCCCGCCCUGAGUUACUACGAGAUGCUGUCAAAGAACCAGUGUGUGAGGGCGGAGUGUUACUUUGUGAGUGAUGGAUGUCUGUUUGCACAAACUACAGCUGCUCCUUGAGCCUCAGUAGAAGUAAAUGAGUGCUGGUGGCUCUGUGUGCUGAACCAGGUGUGUGUUUGUGUGAGAACUCAUGACAGAGCAGCUAUUUAGGAGGUAAACAGGGUCAGGUGCACCCAGAGGACGGAAACAAGUAGAGAAGUUGGAAGACCUUACACAUACACACAUACUCUAACACGAGGGUGGGUGUGUGUGCAGCUGCCACACAGACAAGCUUCAGUCCACCCAUCUCAGGUGCAGAUAAAGGCGCGCAUGUGUGUGUUGCACCGAAAAAAAAGGAAAUGAAAUGAAUUGCAAGUGAGGUUCUUCAAGAUUGCUUUUGACUCCCCUUUCACACUGGACAAGCCACCUGAAGCCACUCCCUACCUCAUCCACACCCAACAAGUGGACUUGAAGACUCAGACAAAAGGGACUUAAACAGCAGCACUGGUGCCCUGCUGACUGGGAAGCCCCCACCUGAUUUUCUGUGUCCAGUGGAUGCCUAUUAGGUCCAGCCAUGGGAGAAUGGACCAUCCUAGAGCGCCUCCUGGAGGCCGCCGUGCAGCAGCACUCUACUAUGAUCGGAAGGAUCCUGCUAACAGUAGUGGUGAUCUUCCGUAUCCUGAUUGUUGCAAUCGUUGGAGAGACGGUGUAUGAGGACGAGCAAACCAUGUUCAUCUGUAACACUCUGCAGCCAGGAUGCAACCAGGCCUGCUACGACAAAGCCUUCCCCAUUUCCCACAUCCGCUACUGGGUCUUUCAGAUCAUACUGGUGUGCACACCCAGCCUCUGCUUCAUCACUUACUCUGUCCACCAGUCAGCCAAGCAGAAAGACCGGCGCUACUCGUUUCUCUAUCCCAUAAUGGAAAGGGACUACGGGGGACGGGAUGGGGCACGAAAGCUUCGCAACAUUAAUGGCAUUCUAGUUCAGCAUGGUGGUGAUGGCGGAGGAGGGAAGGAAGAACCCGACUGCUUGGAGGUGAAGGAAAUCCCCAACGCCCCACGAGGCCUCACCCAUGGGAAGAGCUCCAAGGUUCGCCGCCAAGAAGGGAUCUCCCGCUUUUACAUCAUUCAGGUGGUGUUCAGAAAUGCACUGGAGAUUGGUUUCUUGGCAGGCCAAUACUUCCUUUAUGGCUUUAGUGUGCCGGGGAUUUUUGAGUGUGAUCGCUACCCGUGUCUGAAGGAGGUGGAGUGCUACGUGUCCCGCCCCACGGAAAAAACGGUUUUCCUUGUAUUCAUGUUUGCAGUGAGCGGCAUUUGCGUAGUGCUCAACCUGGCAGAGCUCAACCAUCUAGGCUGGCGCAAGAUCAAGGCCGCCAUCAGGGGUGUCCAGGCCCGCAGGAAGUCUAUCUGUGAGAUCAGGAAGAAGGACAUGGCACAUCUCUCCCAGCCGCCCAACCUGGGACGCACACAGUCCAGUGAAUCAGCCUACGUCUGAUGAUGAAGAGAAAAAGUAAAAGAGGAGGAGUGGGAUGAAUGUGUAAGGAGGAGAAUGAAUCAAUUAUGAUUUUAAUUUCAAUGAAGAUGAUGUGGAGGUCAACAAGAGGACCCCUACUGCAUGAUGAAGGAAUGAAACAGAAUGUAAAAAGACCAAACUUCCAGCUCUAUGAUUUAAAAUGAAAGCCAAGAAAAAGUAGAGGAAGAAGAAAAUUAAAAAGCAUAGAGGAGGAAGAAAAGAGGACAAAAGUUCUGUUGUGCGUAUUUUGGUUUCAUGGGGAGAUAUUCCAACUGCCAUUUUAUAUUCAUACUUUUGUCUUUUUUUAACUAAUUAGCUUCUCCCCUGCUCCUCAUUUCUUUUAAAAUGAGGAAUUAAAACCUCAAGGGGCGGGAUGGGCAAGAACUUGAAAUGAGAAGAGGAGGGAAAGGGAGAGGAGAACAGAUGAGAGGCUGUUUUGUAUUCUUUGGGGAUACUGGAAGAUGACAGCAGUGUUUGAUGCAUCCCAUGGUGCUUUCCUUCUGGACUGUGUCAGCCUCAAUGAAAAUGGGAGGACAGGGGACAGGACAAGGAAGAUGAGCAGCAACAUCAUUAAAUAGGAACGGAAGAACUGUCAAAGCCAUGAUGGACUCUAGAGAGAGAUGCUAACUUGUGAGAAAGAGAGAGAGAGUAGGUGGGAGACAUCAUGCUCUGGAAAAAAAACCUCAUGAUAUACCUGAGGAGGGACAGAAGCAGAGUUUUUCUCCUCUAGGUAGACUGAGGCCAAGAGAAAAAGAGCUGCCUCUGAGCACCGUCAGCCUCGCCUCUGUUAGAACAUCAUCACAAGCCAAAACCAAGAGAAAAAGACUGACGAUGUUUAUGUUUUGUCUCUUGGCAAAAGAUAAUUUUAACACAAACACAGCUAGUACCAUAAACACUUUUUUUGUCCCUCUCCUCUAUCUCUGCUCCAUGGUUGGCAGCUAUAUAGAUCCUGGGGGCUUCGGAUGACAGCAGUGACCCUUGCUGCUCUCCUUCUGCAUAAACUUUGGAGAGGAACUAAUGAACAAAUGGACAAACAGCAUGUUAACGUCAGUCUCUCCAAUAGCACAAACCAAACUUCCCUCCUUCCAGCAUUCCAGUGUGCUGAGAGAACAAGGAGAGGCAGAAAGAGAGGAGAGGAGAGAAGGGGAGCUUGUAGAGGAGGGGAACAAAUCACUUUAUUACAACUUAAAACAAAUUUUAUAAAAUAUAUCACCAUGAGUUGUGUUUUGUUUUUUUGGUUUUUUUUGAGAAAGCGAUGGUGCCAUCC